AUGAACGCGGUGGAUGAGCUGAACCUGCUGCUGGGCAUUGGCCCGUCACGACCCCAGCUGCCCCUCACACUUCGAAAAUCCGGCUACGUACCGGUGCGCUCCCUGGGCAAAGGCAGCUUCGGCCAAGCCCUUCUUGUGUUCCAUGAGCCGCAACAGCAGUACUUUGUUGUUAAGCACCUAAACCUGGCGUCGAUGUCCUCUCGCCAGCGGCACGAUGCACACAAUGAGAUCAAUAUCCUGCAGAAGCUGCACCACCCUAACAUCGUGCGCUACGUCGAGUACUACGAGGAGCACCUGCACCUGUAUAUCGUCAUGGAGUACGCCGACGGCGGCGACGUCUACUCCUUGUUGAGCAGUGCGCAGACGGAGCGGAGGCUGGGGGCGACUGGCGGGUACGGAAGCGGCAGCGCCUCCUCCGCCAGACUGCUGGGGUCGUCGCCAUCUUCUGCCGCCACUGCAGGGCUCUUGUCAGAGGCGCAGGUCGUCAACCUCUUCGUGCAGACCACAAUGGCGGUGAAGUACAUGCACGACCGUCGUCUGCUGCACCGCGACAUCAAGUCGUCCAACAUCUUUCUCACCAAGAACCACGUCGUAAAGCUCGGCGACUUUGGCAUCAGCACCGUCCUACAGAGCACGGUGGCUAUGGCGAGCACCAUGUGCGGGACGCCUUGCUACUUCUCUCCUGAACUGUGCCAGGGUCGCCCCUACAACAGCAAGAGCGAUAUGUGGGCGCUGGGCGUGCUGCUGUACGAGUUGUGUGCAGGCCACGUCCCGUUUGAGUCCACAACAAUGAAGGCGUUGAUGCGGGACAUUGUACACAAGCAGCCGCCUCGCAUCCCAGCCGUCUACUCGCAGGAGCUGUGGGAGCUGAUUGUGCAGCUGCUGCAGAAGGACGCGCGGCGACGACCUGACGCUGGCCAGGUGCUCAUGUCGCCAGUGUUGAUGAAGCACGUGCCGGACCUGAUCAACCAGCUCGCCGAUAACAUGACCAACGACGGUAAUCCUGCCCCGGGAGGUGUCAGCGGCGCCUGUGGAGGUGAGGCGCCUCCUGCUUCUGCUGCCGCUCCGCCACCCCCACCGCCACGACAAGCGCAGCAGGCCCUGCCGCCCCCCACUAAAGCCGGUGGUGACGGUGUUGCGAGUUGCGCACCGACUGCUGCCGCCGCCGCUGCUGCCCUCCCGCUGUCAUCGUCCCCAGCGUUGUCUUCACAGGCGCGAACCGCCGGAAAGCAGACACCAUCACCACCAUUACGAGCGCCGCCGAAACGAAACCCCUCUCGCGGCGGUGGCGAGGCCGGUGCCUUCUCCAUCGAGGAGCUGGUCGCUCGCUUCGAUGCACAGAAGCAGCAAAUUGCAGAGGCGAAGAGACGCAAGUCUGGCGUUCAAGCGGAGACGCAUGGCACAGGCGGCGUACCCCACGCGUCUGGCGCCGAUGAGCGACCACGUCUCUCGCCAGGUGCAGUUGCCGCCCUUCGACAGCAGGGACGCAAGGGGAGUAACGCGGGGGGUGGAGGCAGGGGGGCGCCCACGCGACCCUCGGCGGGUGGUACAUCCCCGGUUGCGGCAGCGGCCGCCCCUUCGCGGGCGGCCUUCAUGCCACCACCGCUCCCAGCGGCGCUCCGCGAUGUAGGCGCCGUCGACCAGCGCCGCCCGGUAGAGCUACCCAUCAACCCGUCGCCUCUCUCCCAACAGCGCGACAGCGCGGCUGCCGCGCCGGCGCCCACUGCCGGAGACGCCGAUGCGACGCGGCAAGCCCGCGGAGGCCAUUUGAGCGCGCCAGGAGUACGUGGCCAACCGUACCAGGCGCCUCCGCAGCGGCGGCACAUCGGUGGUCAGCUCGACGAGAAUUCCGCGCCACCAUCGGCCGCUCGCGGCGCGGUGCCAGCAUUAGACGAGCUGAGCGCGGUGCUGUCGGAGCUGUCCACCUGGAGAGAGCGCAGUGUUCUGCGGCAGCAGCGUCAGGACGGCCAUCGCGCACACCGAGACGACACAAGUCGCAAGAUCGGCGUUGAGGCAAAACCACAGCAUGCCGGCGCGAAGGCGGACGCCCACGUUCCCUCUCCGCAACCGCCGACAUCGCCGUCUGCGGCUACCACGCCGCCCCAUCAGCUGAGUAAGUGCGCAGAGCAGGCAGAUGUCCAUCAGCCUGGGGUGGCCGAGGGCGCGCCGACCCACGAACCCAACGGCAACGCCGCAUCCCAAGGAAAGCAGCUGCGUGGGGGAGGCCGUGGCGCAAAGGCUGGCGAGGCGCAUGCAGCCGAAGUAGAAAUGCAGCGUGUGAGGGCUGCCUUCGCCUCCCCCGCGGCCAACAGGCGCGGCAGCCGCGGCGACGACACCGACGGUGACGAAAGCAUCACACAGAGUUUUGUCGAUGCGCUUGGCACGGCGCUGGACGUCGAUGCCGUUCAGGCCGCCUCUGCAGCAGCGCAGCAACAGCAGCAGCAACGUCUGUCGCCACCACCUUCAUCGGCGGAGGCUGGCAGCGCUUCAUGCCUCUCAGGGCGGGCACCGUUCCUGCAGCAGUCUAUGAGGAAAACCUUCCAUGUCACGAGCGAGAAGAUCGAUGCUCUGCAGCCCACGCUGAUGGCCAGCACGGUGUUUCGCCAUCCCCCUUCCACGGCGCUGCUGGCUGGGACGAUGCGUGGUGCUGACGCCGCUGCCUGCGCGGGGGAGGCCGAUACCGUAGCCGACGUGCACUUCACGACGUCCUGCCUCUGCGGUCGUGCCGCGACUUCGCGCGGCUGCCUCUCCAUGAUCUACGGCAGUUUUGUGUGCUCCUGUGACGCGUGCGUCCGAUUCACAGGCUCCGUGCAUGGGGUGGAGUGGCUGCAUCUACCCGAAGUGGCCUAUGGGCUGCCGGCACUGCUGUCCUUGCCCACGCCGUCGGAUGCACCGGGCGGGUGGUCGACGAAGGCGAGGCCCAGCGCAGGUGCCGGCGCCGCUGCCGCUGCGGCGCUGCGUGCCAAGGCUGAGGAGGCGCCGCUGAACCACAACCAGGCGGCAGAGGCACAGCGGAAGGGCGGCAUGGAUGGCUGCUGCGCCCCACCGCCACCAGCGCAGUCUCCCGGCGUCUGGCCCCCGUCCUCGAGCGCGGGGAGCGGCGCACACGCGGGCGAUGACACCACAGCAGCACUUGGCGAGGCCAACAUCCGAGCCUACAGGCACUGCUUUCAAGUCGAAGCGCCGUUGCAGCUGGGGGAGGCGGCCCUGCGCCAACCUGCGCCGCAUACACCAGAAGGGUCCCAGCGCACAGGCGGCGCGGCAGCAACAGGGCAAAGGGCUGUGUAUGUCAUCUACACCUGCCUCGCCUGCGGCUCCCUCGUCGGGAUGCAGCACGACGGCGUGGAGGGGCUUCUGCUACCCAAGGUCACGCUUGAUGCGCAAAGCCUCGAAAUUCUGUCCUGGUGCGCGCAGACAGUCGACGCUGAGGCAGCGGAGCUGAUCAAGCUGGGCUGA